AUGUUGACGUCCAACCUAACCAAUUCAAAAAACAGAAAGACACUCAACAAUGUUGCCGCAUUCAAUUUCGCGACUCUAAAACUGUGCGAUCUGGAGCAAAAUAAGCCUUAUCGAGUCCAGCAAAUCCAGGCACUGCAAACCGUUCAUGGCCGAAGAGUUAUUGUAGACUUGCCGGAGAUUCAAAAAAUUGUGUUUUUACCAGAAAGAUUCAAAUGUUUGACCAACGAAGAAAUAGACUCGCUGAAUAAGCAAAAAAGUAUCCAUCUGGUUUAUAAAGGGAAAAAGACUCUCACAAGUGGUAAAGUGGCAAAUGAUCUAGAGUUCCUUGAACUCGAAUAA